AUGGCGGCUGUCGCAAACGGAUCGACAAAUGCUGUAGCCAAUGGCGAUCGGAUCUCGGGCCCUGUCAGCACUCGGUUCUUCGACAUCCCUUCCGCAAUCGACAUUCCUGUGCAAGGCGACCAAGAAGACGAGGCCGUCGAAAUCGACUUGGAGGACCUUUUGGACGAUCCUACCGAGCUUUGCACCCUGUUCGAGAACGAGAGGGCCGCGAAAACAUACUGGAUGACGGUUGCGCUUGCCUAUGCCAAGCAAAGAAAGAUUGACCAUGCAAUCGAAAUGCUCAUCCGUGGUAGCGGCGCCAUCCAGGGCAACGCCAGCAAUCCGCGCGAUAAGGUCAGCAUGAUUUGCUGCUUGUGUUGGAUGUACUUGUGGAAAAGCCGCGAGGCACCGCGUGUUGCGCCUGAUGGGAUCCGAGUGUCUGAAGCCAAAACCAAGGAGUACUACCUUCAGUUGGCCACCUCCUCUUUGAACGACGCGGCUCGGCUCAACCCGUCCUUUCCGCCCAUUUUCCUCGCUCGAGGCGUCCUACUGCUCCUGCGUGCAUCGCUGCAAGCGCCCUCGAAAAUCGCUGGAGCCAUUGCGACCGAAAAGAAUGAGCUGCUUAAGACUGCAGUCAAGUCUUUUGACGAUGCCUUGCGAGUUUCGCAGGGGAAGAAUAUGCUGGCGCUCAUGGGCAAGGCGCGAGCCUACUUCUCCAUGCGCAAAUGCCCAGAUGCUCUAGCCAUCUAUCAAGAUGUCCUUCAAAAAAUGCCAGACCUGGUGGACCCAGAUCCUCGUAUCGGAAUUGGAUGCUGUUUCUGGCAGCUCGGCUUCAAAGAGGAUGCAAAGGCUGCCUGGGAGAGAAGCUUGGAAAUCAACCCCGAAUCCAAGAUUGCCAACAUUUUACUGGGCCUCUUCUACCUUGACGCGAGCGGUCAUGUUCCUGUCGGUAGCGAUGAGUUCCUGAAGCUCUACAGGAGGGCUAUGACGGAAUUCACCCAGAAAGCGUUCAAACUCGACAAGGACGUCCCCAUCACCUGCUCCACGUUUGCUGGAUACUUUCUGUCUCGAAAGGCUUGGGACAACGCGGAAAAACUCGCCCACAAAGCCAUUCAAUACACCGACGUAAACGCCAUUGCUAGCGACGGCUGGUAUCUUCUCGCUCGGAAGGCCCACUAUAACGGGGAUACUGAGAAAGCAAGCGACUACUAUCGUCGCGCUGAUGAUGCUCGUGGUGGCGCGGAUACUGGCUAUCUACCAGCAAAGUUUGGCGUUGCCCAGCUGUCUGUUCUGAAGAAUGAUUUGGGAGAAGCUAAGCUCCGGUUGGAGAAGAUGAACCAGCAGUCAAAAAACCACGAAGCCAUGAUUUUGCUGGGAACGUUGUAUGCUGAAGAGAUCUUUGCAAGCCAAAAGACGGAUAGCAAGGAGGAUAAGUCGGCCGAGAUGAAGAAGGCUGUGGCGUUCCUCGAAGGGGUCCGGAAUUCCUGGAAGGACCCAAAGAGGACAAUCUCGCCAGAUGCUUCGGUCCUGCUCAACCUGGCUCGACUAUACGAAGCAGAGCAUCCUGACAAGGCCCUGCAGUGUCUUCAGCAGGUCGAACAACUGGAGCUGGAUCAAAUACCAGCCUCGGAGCGACCUACCAACGCGAUGGACGAAGCCACUGCGCAAAAGGUGAUGAGAAAGAGCCUCCCCCCUCAGCUUCUCAACAACAUUGGGUGUUUUCACUCCCAAGCCGAAAAGCAUGAGCUAGCCAGCGAGAUGUUCGAAGCUGCCCUCGGUGCAUGCAUGAGAAUUGGAGAGAAGGGCCAUGGCCUGGACACAGAUGCUCUGGUGUCGACGAUCAGUUUCAACUUGGGUCGCAGUUAUGAGUCGAGAGGAUUGACGGACAAGGCGCUAGAGGUAUAUGAGGGCUUGCUCGCGCGCCACGAUGACUACACGGAUGCUCGCACCAGGCUGGCGUACAUAAAGCUGCGGAAGAACCCCAACAAGGGAGGGCCGGAUGCUGUUGCCAAGCUCUACCAAGAAAACACGAGCGAUCUCGAAGUUCGAGCUCUGUAUGGUUGGUACCUUGGCAAAGUACAGUCUAGAAGACGACCUGCAAACAUUGCAGAAGACCCGGAGUUCCGCCAUUACAAACACACUCUGCAGAACUACGACAAGCAUGAUCGAUAUGCUCUCAUCGGUAUGGGCAACCUGUACCUGCUGCAGGCCAGAGAGAUGCGGCGCGAGACGGAGCAGGAUAAGCAGAAGCGAAGCGCAAUAUACGGCAAAGCCGUGGAGUUUUUCGAGAAGGCCCUGUCGCUGGAUCCCAAGAAUGCCUAUGCUGCUCAAGGCAUCGCCAUCGCUUUGGUGGAGGACAAGAAGGAUUACAAGACUGGCCUGGCGAUUUUCAACAAGGUUAGGGAAACUGUGAGAGAUGCUCAUGUCUUUGUGAACCUUGGGCAUGUCUACGCCGAGUUGAGGCAGUACUCGAAAGCAAUCGAGCAUUACGAAAUGGCUCUCUCAAAGGACGGGAAAGCCAACGACCCAAACAUCCUGUCGUGCUUGGGGCGAACGUGGUUGAACAAGGGCCGAUCCGAAAAGGACAUCGAUGCAUAUAACAAGGCUCUUGAAUGUGCACAACGGGCUCUCAAAGUCGCGCCAGAACAGGUGUACAACAAGUUCAACGUGGCUUUUGUACAGAUCCAACUUGUCACCACCAUCCAAAAUCUACCCGAGAACAGACGUACUGCCGAGCAGCUGGAAAAGGCUGCGGAAGGUCUGGAAGAAGCCAUUGAAUCACUGGACGCCAUCGCCACGCUUCCCCAAACCCCCUAUCCGAAGCACGACGUUGAGCAGCGUGCCAGCAUGGCUCGUAACACGCUGCGCAAGCAGCUAGAACGAGCCAUUGGGAAGCAAAAAGAGUGGGAGGAAAAGAACAAGGAGAAGAUCCAGGCGGCCAGGCAGCAGCGCGAUGCCGAGCUCAAACGCCGCGAGGCAGAGCGCCAGGCCAUCAUGGAGAAGGAGCGAGAGCGCCAGGAAAAAAUCAGAAAGGAGCGAGAAGCCAUCGCCAUUCGGGACAGAGCCCUCGCAGAGCAAAGAGCGGAAGAAGAGCGCGCCAGGCAGGAAGCCGACAUGACCACGGACGAGGAGACUGGCGAAAGGGUCAAGAGGAAGCGCAAGCCUGCUGGCCGUCCCGCCGGCGAGGGCAGGUCCAAGAAGGUGCCGAGGAAGAAGAAGGCCGACCGAGACGACGAGGAGGACUCGGAAGAGGAUAACCACACUACGAAGCGACGACGUCUGACUAAGAAGGAAACGUCCAAGUUUAAAUCGGCCGAGAUUGUAGUCAACAGCGACGAAGAAGAGGCCCAGGAUGACGAAGACGACGCCCUUGACCGAGCGGAGAGAAGCCUCGACAGACACGGCACUCCAUCAUCACGCGGGGACGAGGAUGCCGUCGACGAGGACAGAAUGGACGUCGACGAAGAUGCGGACGAACUUGCUGGCGAUGGUGGUGGUGGUGGUGGUGGUGGUGGCGGACGAGAUGACGAAGAUACAACCCGGCGCCACCAUGUGCGAAUAAGACGUGGGAGAGUCGUCCAAAGUGACGAGGAAGAUGAGGAGUAA